AUGGAGGUCAAAAGUCGUUGCCGCCUACACACGCACUCAUCCAUCCCUCGGUCUGGUGUCUUCUGCAGGCCCUGCAGUGCCUGGGGGAUGAGCUUGAUGAGGUGUGGGGCCUGGCACGAGGACUUAUGGACGCUGCCAACAAAGUCAUGGACCUGGCAAUCAAGGAGAAAAUGCAGAAAGUGGAGGACCUCUUCAACAAGGAUGAGCGUGUCAGGAUCGUCUACUUUACAGACAAUGGGAUGGCCGUGGAGAGGAUGGGCCCCUUCCAGGAUUUGGGUAUGACCUAUACAUGCACACGCAUUCAUAAUGGCGGCACGUUUGGUGCGCCGCUGCGUACUGCGUGCAGUGACCUUCUACAUCGAUGCCAUGAAGAAAUUCUACCUCGACGGUGACUUCCAUGUGUUUCAGUAGUCCAGUCAGAGACAGAGACAUCACCUCCGCCUCUUCGUCCGUCCGUCUGUCUGUCUGUCUGUCCUCCCUCCGUCUGCUUGUCUGUCUGUCUGUCUGUCUGUCUGGACCAGCAGUGCCUCAGAUACCCCCGCCAGGCCAGGAAAAAGUCUACGCAGACCGUCACUUUCGUUUUCUGACACAAAAUUCCAUGGGCACUGCCGCAUCGGAAUUACUGGCGAUUAUGAAAGCCCAGCUGGAGCAUGUGGUACGUGGAUACACACGCAUGCGCGUCAGUCCGUCCGUUUGUGUCUCGCGAUCUCGUGCAGCAACAGGAGGUGGACGGCGCCAUCAUUCUGAUUUUCGGCGUGGCGUCCCUGACACUUAUUGUGCCGCUCUUCUCCUGCAUCUACUCCGUCUGGGCGGUGAGGAGGAAACUGCGGCAAUUCGACGAGAGAGCCACGCCACCCCUCGCCCUUCAUCUCACCCUCGAGCUCACUGCCAAGCAGAAGCGCUCCCUGCAGGCAUGCCAGGCAGCCAGCCAGCUAAAGCGGAGUAGCAAGUGCACGUAUGCGAACAGUCACAUGUGUGGGUGUGUGCAGAAACGCUUUCGGAAAGGGAGAAAGGCGCACAAGAUGGGAUUGAGUGACCUCGGUCUAGCGGAUGAUGUCUCCUCUAAGCACGCCAGCGACUUUGGUGACUCACCCAGGUGGGCGACAUGCGCAUGCCUCGCCCUUAGCGGCGUGUCAUGUCUCCUCGUGUUUGUUCGUCCACAGAAAAGGAAGCCACCGAUGCUCGUGGGAGGAGGAGCCCGACAGCGUGAGCAUCCAUCAAUGAUCAUCACAAUGCAUCGAUGAUCACAAUUCAUCGAUGAUGUGUCUAUCUCUAUUGUGUCGUGUCUCCCAGGAGACAAUUGGCCAAGGAAGGCAUCGGUCGUCAGUGAGCACGAUAGCGACCAAGAGGCUCUCCGCGUCGCCCCGCCACGCCAUCGAGGACGUUCAGCACGUGUCGGCUCGCCAUCGCCUGACGAAUGAGGUGGUUCAGCAGUUUGUGCCGCCAACCGACACGGACAUGAGCCCUCUUAGGGCUUCACCUCUCAGCAAGGGCAAGACACUGGACCAGUGCUCAGUCGCCGUUGAGCGCGACGACAGCAUGGCCAGCAACGGGCAGAUAUCAGACGAGGAUCAAGGCGAGCUGCCAGAGCUCUACGGUGGUAAGUGGCGACCAAUAAACCGAUCUUUCGCUCUGUUCUAUCUUUGCUCGCUAAGCAGACAGCGCCAACGUGAUGAGCGCCACGUCACCGCAAUACCAGCGUCGCGAUAGUCCGCCUGGCGUCGUGGGAGACACGGACGAAGCACCCGAUGAUAACCAAGAUGCAGAGGUUGACCAAGUGAGCGCUCACGUGGCUGGCAUGAAUGGAUACACUCGCUGCUGUUUGCACGGAUGGACACGCAUAGGAUCAGAUGCCCUUCGUCGUUGUUAAUAGAGACUCAUCGGGUGGUGAAGGGGGUGAGGCGCUGGGCGAGGAGCCUGGUUCGGGCACUCUCUCUCCGCGUUCCGGCACCGCCUCUCCGCGGUCUCCCCUCCGCUUUUCGGAUCGAAAGGCUGUCCACAAGUAUCCGGCCAGACAGGACUCGAUUGAGUUCAAGAAAGAAAUGGUGGGUGCUUCGGCUGGCUGGGCAUCCAGGGAUUCACGUCAUUCAUCUCAUCUGACUGCGUGUGCCUGUCCCCGUUCUGGCUGCAGAUGGCCGAGAAGCUCAAAAAGUUCCACGCGCAGCUGGAAGGUACCGCCGCGCCAGCCUCCGGCCCCAGCAGUAAGAAGCGUCCCGCCCGCCAAGACAAGAACACCAAUGCAACCACAGCCAUAACCGAGUCUGCCAACCCCAUGUCCAGCUUCAUCAGCGACUCAGACGGCCGCAGGGGAUCCUCAGUGACAAUCGACGCCUCGCCAAUGUCGGCCGCUCAGGAGGUCCGGCCGUACCAGCCUGCAGAAGUGGUCGCCAUCCCCGUAACAGCUGCGGCGAGGAAGCAGUCCGAGGGGGCAGCGACACAGGGGCGGUCCAUCAUGAGGAGAACUGAUUCCGCUGAGACCGCGCGCACUGAGGUGCAUAACAUACAUGGGCGUCUCCAUACACAUGCACGUGUGAUAUACAUACAUGUGUAUGUGUGUGUGUACAGCGCACCGCCAAGGCCAGAGGAAACCGGUGUUCACGCUGCAUUGAGAAAGCGUGGAACUCGACGAUCGGGCGGCUCCUCUCUGGCAAGUCGUCACACUCGUGCUGGUGAGUGAGGAAGGCAGGUCUGUACAGCACACAUGUAUGUAUUUGCCCAUUAAUCCAUUCCGUCCAUCAGGGGUUUUGGGCGUUCCUGA